CUGCUGCCCCGGGUUGCGCCCCGCCGGCGGGUGGUGCUAGCCGCCUUUGGGGUUGUCAUGAUCCUGGUGCUGGUCAUUGUGAUCCCGCUGCUGGCACUGCCACCUCCGGGGGAGGGUCACUACGAAAUGCUCGGCACCUGUCGGAUGAUCUGCGAUCCGUACACCGGCCACCCUCCUAGUACAGUCGGGGAAGCCCUACAGGACCUCAGUGGGGCCCCUCCACCAUUUAUUCAGGGGCCCAAGGGAGACCCCGGGAGACCCGGUAAGCCAGGACCUAGGGGACCACCUGGCGAACCGGGAACUCCAGGAGUCAGGGGGCCCCCAGGAGAGAGAGGUGAGCCAGGAAGAGCGGGGAUCCCCGGAGCAGGAAACUCACUUCCCGGAGCUGUGUCCUCCGCUCUGCCCGGUCCCCGCAUUGCUUUCUAUGUUGGGCUAAAGAGCCCCCACGAGGGUUACGAACUGCUCAAGUUCGAUGAUGUAGUAACAAACCUGGGAAACCACUACGACCCGAGUACCGGGAAAUUCACCUGUCAGGUGCCGGGAAUCUACUACUUCACCUACCACAUCCUGAUGCGAGGGGGGGACGGGACCAGCAUGUGGGCGGAUCUGUGCAAGAACGGGCAGGUUCGGGCCAGUGCUAUUGCUCAGGAUGCAGAUCAGAACUAUGACUAUGCCAGUAACAGUGUGGUACUGCAUCUGGACUCGGGAGAUGAGAUCUACGUCAAGCUUGAUGGAGGCAAAGCUCAUGGAGGCAACAAUAACAAGUACAGCACUUUCUCUGGAUUCAUUUUGUACCCGGACUAAAUGAAAAAGAGAAGCUAACUUGUAGACUGCUUUCUGGUCUUUUCACUGACCUCAUCACUAGACUGGUAACUAGAAAGGUUACUGACCUUGUCCCUUGACUUGUUACUAGACUGUUCUUUUGCUUUGCCAUUAACCUGGUCAAUUGACUGGUUGCUGACCUGGUACAGACCAGUGAAAUGCCUUUUCU